AUGUGGUUUGCAGGACUUAUCUUUUGGGUUUCACUUCGACCAGGGCUUGGAGCAUGCAAAGUUUCCUCAAGGCUUGUUGAGCCUGACUUUUGGGAGUCGCUUCAAUCAAAGCUUGGAGCGAGUGAGACUUCCAGAGGCUUGGAGACUUUGACAUUCGGUUGGCGGUUCAAUCAGAGCUUGGAGCUUGUGAACCUGCCUUGCAACCUACGGACCUUGACCUUUGGAGAGAAUUUCAAUGAAAGUCUGGAGAAGGUGCAAUUUCCAAUGAAUCUGCAAUCCCUCGUUUUUGGCGAGAGCUUUAAUCAAGAGAUGGAGAAUGUCAAGCUCCCGGAGUUGACCAGCUUGAAGUUUGGACGUGAUUUCAAUCAGAGCCUGGAAGGCAUAAAUCUUCCAAACAGCAUCCAGGCCCUGAUUUUUGGAAAAGACUUCAACCGAAGCUUGGAACAUGUGAAUCUUCCAAGCGCUCUCCAAACAUUAGUUUUUGGAAGAAGCUUUGACCAGAGUUUCGAGAAGGUCAAUUUGCCCACUGGCUUGCAGAACUUGGCCUUUGGUCUUGACUUCAAUCAGAAUCUAGAGAAAGUGAUGUUCCCAAGCACCUUGCACAGCCUGGCGUUUGGAAGUCGCUUCAAUCAUAGUUUAGAAAGUGUCAAGCUUCCCUGCAGCUUAAAAUGUUUGGCGUUCGAAAGCUUCAGCUUCUUCAAUCGUGCCUUGGAGCGGGCAACACUUCCCGAUGGCAUUGAAUCGCUGACGUUUGGAGGGUAUUUCAACCAGAGUUUGGGGCGAGUGAGCCUGCCAAGCAGCCCAAAGAGCUCUCCCACAAGCACUGGAAAUGAUCGUGUGGAUUUGCCAAGCGGCUUGCGAUCCUUGACCUUUGGUGAGUUCUUCGACCAGAGUUUGGAUAAUGUAAAUCUACCCAGCAGCCUUCAGGCGUUGACUUUUGGAAGUGCCUUCAACCAAAGCUUGGAGAAUGUGAACUUACCAAGGGCUCUCCAGAGCAUGGUCUUUGGAAACAGCUUCAAUCAAAGCCUGAACCAUGUAAAUCUUCCAGAUGGCCUGGAACACUUGGCCUUCGGCAGUGACUUCAAUCACAGCUUGGAGAACGUGCUCCCAUCCUCUUUGGUAAGCCUUUCUUUGGGAAGCCGCUUUAACCAGAGCUUCGAGAACAUCCACUUGCCCAACCUGCUGUGGUUGGACUGUGGUGGUGUACUGGUGAGCUUCAUGUAG